UGAUAACCCUCCAGAUGUUCUUUGUGCCAAUUGUAGGGGAGGGUGAGGAUGUGCAAAGGACAUUCUUAUAGCAGGUCUUGUGGUGUGGUGAGUGAGAGUCUGCAGGUGGCACAAGGCAUGGCCUGGGCAUGUGUUGUGAUGAGGAUGACCUUCAGCAGGGAAGGGUCCUGCCUGAGGGAGAUGAUCUGUAGAACAGUUUGUGUCCUUGGUGCAGGACUGGAGAAUGUGUGCUUAGGUGGAGUUGCCAUUCCCCAGGGUGUGAGACAGAGGAUUCUAGUAGAAAAUGUCAAGGAGAGGCUCCACAGGCAUUACUGACCCCUGGGAUUUCUCCAGUCCUCCACAAGUUCUGCAUAUCCUUAUGCCCUGCUGUUCCCUUCAUGCAUUUCAAUAGAGUGGAAUGGGAUUAUUUGCCUUUCUUCUCCCUUCUUACCAAACUCUCACGGUCUUGUUUUUCUGUCUCUCCUGUUACCAAUGUGUUGGUAAUACCACAUACUAUGAGAUACUGAGUUUUGGCAGCUGUCCCGUUGCAAACAUGUGGGUAAUUUUCUAUCAGUGUGUAGGAUGACUUUUCCAUGCUCCUGAGCUGAUGUUGAUGUUGAGACAAUGUCCUUCCUCAGCUUUGUGGUGCCCGUCCCCCACGAUAGGAGUGCGUUCUGCUUUGCCCAAUGAUUUCAAGGCUUUUCUAGAAUUCAUGUCAUUAUUUUCUAUCCGUUGUUCCCAAUGGUCGCUGUUAGUGUUAGAAUCAGUUUUGUGCUCUGGAAAUUCUUCAUUUGUGAAGAAGCAAGCAGUGAUGUUACAGGUAAGUCCCUUCUGGCUGAAGAAGAUGAGUCUGAGAGACAGCUGUACCUUUAUGCCUGUUUAGUUGUGGUGUCUUCAUCUUGGAUGGACCAAAUGUGUCUGGACGGGAGUUGGACUCAACAAUCCUUGUGACUUCCUUGCCACUUGAAAUAGUCUAGAAUUGCCAGGCUGGACCACAGUCUGCUCUCAUUUCUUUCCUGCUUCUUGCAGCAUGGUUUGGGCAGUUGGCAGCAAGCACAGAUGGAGGAGGGCCUCGAAUGUAUUCCUCAGAAUAGAUGUGUUGGGAGUGGAGGGCACGUUGUCAGGGAAAAUGCCGUGGGUUUAGGUUGGUGUGUAUUUCUGGGUGGAUCAUGGUGUUGAGUGAGAGGUAUUCCUUGGGGGCCAAUGCCUCUGAGUAUGGAAGUUGUUGCUGUGUUUUUCUGGCAGAGCUUACCUGCCUGAGAAGAGAAGCAAGAGCUUGUCAUUCAUCAAGCAGGUGGAAAAUGAGUUAGGAAGAACAGCUCCUCAUUGAAAUACGUGAAGAAUUCUUAGGAACUGUGGUUGCACUGUGCAUUUUCAGUGUUAGUAGCAUAAUGGUAUGCUGGGCUGGGAUGCAUUUGAGUUCCAAAGGGAGAGAAUUCAUGGAAUGUUUGUGGUUAUUGCAGCCUGUUUGCACUGAUGUCGAGGAACUUGGGGAUUGCUCUUCUGAUUCCAAGGGAGGUGUAUUCUUUUUCUGGUGUAGUACAGCUGUUCUUCGUCCUGUUAUUGCCUUGCUGUGUUAUUUGCUGGUCCAGGAGGGGACUGGAGUGUGAGGAGUGUGGCUUUGCUGGUGAUGGGGAGGGAAGGGGAGAGGGGGUGUAGGGACAAUCUCUGUACUUGGCUUUUUCUGGAGGAAAUCAGGACAGUGGUUCCUCAUCAGGAGGCCUGCAAGGUCCCCAUGAGCACUCCCAUCAAAGGGAGGAUCUCUGAUGCAGGAAGGGGAUGAUGUAGACAUUUAGAAAUCAUUUUUUUUAGAAAACAUUUUGGUAAAGGGACAAUAAAAAGUAUGGAUGCAGAAGAGAAGAGGAAUCAAGGAUGGUAGUGUGAGGCAUGAAAGAAAAAGUAAGGGAAAGAAAAGAAAGGUAAGUGAAGGAGUAAAGGAAGAGGAAGGCAAAGUUAUCUCUGCAAGUAAAAAAUCUUGCAAGGAAGAAAGAGAGCAAAAAGGAAAGAAGGGAUGACAGAGGAGAUUAUAGGGACACACCAACAUUAUCUUUACAUGCUCUGUGCAGUCGAGGACCUCUGUAUCCUCAGUACUGAGGAACGCUGUGCAAGCCUCGAUGAGAAGUGAUGAGGAACAGGAAUCAGAGGUUUUGUGUAAUGGUGUGGCUGCACUCCGUGGUGAGAAUGAUGUAGUCAUGUAGAAAAUACUGUAUUAAAUGAGAAAGAGAGUAAGAAAAGUGGAAAGAAAAGACAGUGGGGGAAGGACAAAGAAUAGGAAAGAUAAAGAGAAGUGAAAAAAACCAAUGGAAUCAUGAAAAAGCACGGGAGAGAAAAGGAAAAAAGGAAAUAUGAAUAAUUAUAUGAGUGUGCUUGCGUGCAGCAAUUUUAUCUCUGUACACAAAAAGAAGGGAUGAGAUGGGGGGAGAGAGAGAAAAAAACAAAGGAAUGAAAGAAGUUAGGUUAGAAAGAUGAGAAAUCACGAGCGGGUAAGUGAAGGACUUUACCUGGAUAAAUCGACGCUCUCUUCUAACGCUGGGUGAAGUUGGUCUCCUGUGAUCUCCCAUUCGCUGCUGUCCCGAGCGAAGGAGAUGAUGCCCCGUAAUUCGAGCUCCUGGCUCCGUCAUUGAGUGCCACGAUCGCGGCGUCUGAGGUUAGCGGCAGCAUGGCAGCAGAGUUAUGAAAGAGACGGAUGGAAAUAAAAGGGAGAGGACAGUAAAAAAUGAACAUGCUGGGCAAGAAAGAAGAAGAUAAAGAAGUAGGAAGCAAAGUAGAAGAAAAAAGAAGGAGAUGGAGGCGGAAAAAGAAAGGCCGAAAGAAAAGAAAAAGAUAAAAAAAAAUUUUAAAAAUUAAAAACAGAGAACUGAAAGAUAAAAGAAGAGAGAUGGAAAAAGCAGAAUAAAGGAAAAAAGGAACAUGAGGAAGCACGUUGCAAAAAAGAAAACAAAAAAAAAAAACCAAAAAAAAAAAUAGAUACAGAGAUGGAAGCGAGCAGGACACGGCAGAGAAGAUGGCCAUGACGGGCGGAGGCGCUGGCGCUGUGCGGAGCGUGCGGGGCGGCGGAGCACCGCACGGUGUCGCUGCAGGCUCAGGAACGGCGUGCGGGCGGCUCCGCCCCGGUGCGGCGGAGAGCCCGGCUGUGAGCGCGGGGGGGCGGCGCGGGCCGGGCAGCAGAGCCGCUGCGUGCGGGCGGCGGCGGGAGCCGUGCGGGGCCCGUGCCGGGGCCGGCACCAACUGCGGCCACAGCGGCCACAGCGGCGGCGGCGGCAGCGAUGGGCUCGCGUUGGUGCGCGGCGCUGCUGCGGGUGCUGGUGCUGCAGGCGGCCUGGGCGCUGGCGGGCGGGCAGGUGCGGUACUCGGUGGCGGAGGAAGCCAAGGCCGGCACGGUGGUGGGCCGUCUUUCGCAGGACCUGGGGCUGGAGGCGGGCGAGGCGGAGGCGCGGCGGCUGCGGCUGGUGGCGCAGGGCCGGCGGGCGAGCGUGGAGCUGAGCGGGGCGAGCGGCGCGCUGCUGGUGAACUCGCGGCUCGACCGGGAGGAGCUGUGCGGCAAGAGCGCGCCGUGCGCGCUGCGCCUGGAGGUGCUGCUGGAGCGGCCGCUGCGCGUCUUCCAUGUGGAGCUGGAGGUCACCGACAUCAACGACAAUGCCCCCAUCUUCCCCGCCGCACGAAAAAACCUCAGCAUCGCGGAAUUGUCUGUGCCGGGAUCUCGUUUCCCGCUGGAGGGCGCGUCGGAUGCGGAUAUCGGAGCGAAUGCGCAGCUCUCCUACACUCUCAGCCCCAGCGAGCAUUUCUCUCUAGAUUUGCACCGCAGUGAGGAAUACCGAGAAUCCCUGUUUCUGGUACUCACGAAAUCUCUGGACCGCGAGACGAUUCCCGUGCACCGGUUGGUGCUGACGGCGAGUGACGGGGGCCGGCCGUCUCUGACGGGGACAAUGGAGCUGGAGAUCUCCGUGCUGGAUGCGAACGACAACGCGCCCCAGUUCAACCAGUCCGUGUAUAAAGUGCAGCUGCUGGAGAACGCUACAGAGGGAACUCUUGUGGCGAGAGUGAACGCCACGGAUCCGGAUUUGGGAAGUAAUAGCGAAGUGACAUAUAGUGUGAGCAGUACUUUUCCUGAAAAGGGGAUAAACAUUUUCCUUUUAAAUGCGAGGACGGGUGAAAUUCAUCUGGCAGGCACCGUGGACUAUGAGGACAUUCGUUCGUAUGAGAUACAAAUCGAAGCGACAGAUAAGGGGACGCCCUCGCUAUCGGGUCACUGCAAGGUGGUGCUGGAGGUGCUGGAUGUGAACGACAACGCGCCGGAGGUGCGGGUGACGUCGCUGUCGGUGCCGGUGGCGGAGGACGCGGCGGUGGGGACGGUGGUGGCGGUGCUGAGCGUGUCGGACCGGGACUCGGGGGCGAACGGGCGCGUGCGGUGCUGGGUGUGGCCGGCGUCGCCGUUCGGUGUGGAGGCGACGUUCUCGGGCUCGUACUCGCUGGUGCUGCGCGAGGCGCUGGACCGGGAGCGGGUGUCGGAGUACGAGGUGGAGGUGCGUGCGGAGGACGGCGGGGCGCCGGCGCUGCGCGCCAGCCGCGGGCUGCGGGUGCCCGUGUCGGACGUGAACGACAACGCGCCGGCGUUCGCGCAGGCCGUGUACACGGUGCUGGCGCGGGAGAACAACGCGGCGGGCGCCGAGCUGGCGCGGCUGUGGGCGCGGGACCCGGACGAGGCGGGCAACGGGCGCGUCAGCUACUCGCUGUGGGAGGGCGGCGCGGGCGCGCUGUCGCCGUCGUCCUACGUGUCGGUGGACGCGGAGAGCGGGCGCGUGUGGGCGCUGCAGCCCUUGGACUACGAGGAGCUGCAGGUGCUGCAGUUCGAGGUGCGCGCGGUGGACGCGGGCGAGCCGCCGCUGAGCGGCAACGCCACGGUGCAGCUGUUCGUGCUGGACGAGAACGACAACGCGCCGGCGCUGCUGCCGCCGCCCGCGGGCUCGGCGGCCGAGGCGGGCGGCGCGGCGGCCGAGGCGGCGGCGGCGGGCUGGGGCUCGGGCACGCUGUGGGCGUGGGCGGCGUGGGGGGCGCCGGCGGGCCAGGUGGUGGCCAAGAUCCGCGCCGUGGACGCCGACUCGGGCUACAACGCGUGGCUGCGCUACGAGCUGCGGGAGGCGCGGCCCAAGGGCCCGUUCCGCGUGGGGCUCUACAGCGGCGAGGUGAGCACGGCGCGGCCGCUGGACGAGGCGGACGGCGCUCGCCACACGCUGCUCAUCGUGGUGCGCGACCACGGCGAGCCGGCGCGCUCGGCCACGGCCACGCUCAGCGUGUCGCUGCUGGAGGCGGCCGAGGCGGCGCUGGCCGCGGCCGCGGGAUCGUCGUCGUCGUCGUCGUCGUGGCGGGCGGCGCCGGGCGCCGAGACGGGGCCCGGCGGAGCGAGUGCGGCCACCAACGUGUGGCUGGUGGUGGCCAUCUGCGCCGUGUCGAGCCUGUUCCUGCUGGCCGUGGUGCUGUACGCGGCGGCGCGCUGGGCGCCGCGGGCGGCCGUGCUGUCGGCGCCCGGGCCCACCACGCUGGUGUGCGCCAGCGAAGUGGGCAGCUGGUCGUACUCGCAGCGCCACAGCCGCAGCCUGUGCGUGGCGGACGGCGCGGCCAAGAGCGACCUCAUGGUUUUCAGCCCCAACUUCCCUCCGCCGCCGCCCGGCGCCGCGCCCAAGGACCCGCAGCCGGAGCCCUCCGCUCUCCUCCACACGGUCAGUGCCGCUUCCUUUGCUCAUCUCUACUCCUUCUCUCCCUCUUCUGCCCUCUCUGUUCUGUGCCCUGAGCAGUCACUCCUGGGAUCCAGGCCAAUUGCCGCGACCGGGGGGCGGUGGGUGCUUGACGGGUGCUUAACGAUAUCAUUAACACCUUUUGAUCUUCCCUUUGGGGAAUAUCGAAUUAUUGCAGCACCCCGGAACAGUUAUGGUCCGCAGCUGCAGUUUGUACUCUAGGUUUGAGUUCUUCUGUCCUAGGACGAAAUCACUGCCGAUUGUGAUGAGAGGUGCCCCAGGUGUUGUCUCUGGAAGCAGUCUUGCCUGGCAGUGUGUAGGAUUUCCACCUGAGCUUGCUGAAGGAUCGAAAAAAUGUAGAUUCUGAUGCUGGCAAUCCCCAGGCAGUGUGUAUUGCAUUAUUGCCUUAGGUAACGACUGACCGUGCUGGUAUUAGUCUGGUUUCUUAAGGAAACCUGUUAUCCUCUAGUUCUGGUCAUUUGAAGAUCUGAUACGAGGUGAUAAUUGUGUUUUCAUAGACAAACAAAAUGUUCUCCAUUUUCUUUCUACACCAGACUCGUUGAGAAAGUAGGGGAGAUGUGACUAACAUUUCCAUGUUUCCAUGAUCUUUUCCCAGAUAUUAUGUUGCUUUAAUUAGUAGCAUAAAUUGCAAGGCCAGAGGAGUAUGGUCCUAGGAAGGUGUGACAAGCAAGAAAGUUUUUCUUUUCCUGCUGCUCCUGUUCCCCAUGUUGUAGGUUGGUGAUCCUGGCCUGAGAAAUAUCAUGAAAUACACUGGCCUGUUUUGAUAUUCUUUCAAAAUUUGCAUCUAUGGUGACAUCAUUUCAAAAGCCCUGGAAAUCUCUUCUGUAACCAAGAAACAAAAUAACAAUCCCAAAAAUCAAAGAACCACCAUUUCCCACCAAGCCUUAAAUAAAAAUCCCCUGCAUAGUAACUAUCAUGUAUUAGACUUGUGUUCUUGCCACCACUUCAUGUUUUUUCUCAGACCGUGACAUCCAUGACGUGACCAUGUAGAGCUGUCCCAAUGACACCUUUAGGAAGAGAUUUGCUCCCAGAUCUGCCAUGUUUCCAUCUGAGACAGCUGAAGCACUACAAAACAUGAGAUGUUAGCAUCAGAGGUUCUGCUGUACACUGCACUGAUGAUGCUGUCGCUGAGUGUUUUCUGGUGCAAUCAUUGCUGAGAAGGAUAAGCAAAAACCAUGUUGAGCCUUGAGACAGGAAAGACAACUGUGGUCUGUGACAACUGAGUAGGGCCUGGCCAUUUCCUUAUCUGGAGGGUGACACUGAGAAAAGGGAAAACAUGUUUUUGAGGAUGCUGCAAAUCCAUGGGAAAGCCGUGGGUCAUGAUGUAAGAAAAGAACAGGAGAUUAUACAUUUGUCUUGAGAACACAUCUCCGAGUGGAGAGUGGAUGAUGCCUAAAGGAAAGUGUGAGGCAGGAUGGAACAGAAUGCUCUUGCCAAGGAUCAUUUCCCAGAUCUUAAGGAUCUGGAGUCGGAUGCCUUCCUGAUCAUGAGACAGUGUGUGAUACUGAAACACUCACAAAUGUUCCUUUGAGGUUCUCAAUAUCUUUGAUCAGAGAUAGGCCCUUGUCCUGCUGUCUGCCUGGUGUGGGCCAUGCAUUGGUAAGAGCUGGUGAGAUGGAGAGUGCUGAAAGUUUCCUGAUUUACUGCUUGUUUCAGAAAUGGUGUUGUGGAAGGGGAACGCUUCAAGCUGCUGUGCUGGUGUAGUGGUGGGCAUCCAUAGUCGUUUUCACAACCACUGGUGUUUCCACAAUGGUCUCUUGCUGCUCCUCAGCUGGGAUUUAUGAGGACACGUGAUGAGGCUGUAGUCUUUAUGUGCUCAAUUCCCGCUGCUUGUGCACUGCACAGGUGGCCUCAGGAGAGAUGACUUUUCCUGAUGUCACACACGGCUCCUUCUGGUAUUUGCAGGUACUGCAAACCUGCACUGCAGCCCCGCUCUGGUUUCAUGUGGUACAAAUUCUCCCACUCAAUUGACCUUGUGAGUGCUCUUGUGCUUUGGUAUUUGCUGUGGCUCUCUUGGUAAUAUAAACAUGUGUGGACUGUGAUCAGAGCUGUCACAAUUCUUAAUUACAGAAUCUUCAUGAGCUCUAAAUGCAUCUUUGUGGUAUUUCCAGGUGAAAUUGCUGAAAAGGAGCAAAGCAUUGGUGGUGAACAGGCAGCUGGGGAGAGCCUGCCAGAUGCUGUUUGGCUUUGCCACCCUCAGUAUGUUCUCGACGUCAAUCAUGAGGGACAGUGAGGAUGUACAAAGAAUUGAAUCACAUGCAGAGCAGAGUUUACAGCUGGGCCAUAUUGCUGGGUUCCAGCAAAGUUUGUUAUUUUGGCAGUGAUCCUGCAUGUGGCACUAAAUAGGGCCUGGACUGAUGCUGUGGGGAGAGGGAGUUUGAGUGAGGAAGUGUGUUGCCUAAGGAAAAUGUGGAUACUGGGUAGAACACAAUCUAUGUCAUUGGGGAGGAGUUAUAGAGAUCUCAUUUCACAUGGCAUGGGAUAAAAAAUAUAAGUAGCAAACCUUGAGGAAAGGCCCAUGUGCAUAGGGCUGCUCUCCUGGGAUCCUGUCAGGACCCUCAGUAGUUCUUUGUAUUCUUGUGCUCUCUCGUUCCCUGUGACAUUGCUGCUUGUGACAUUACCUGCCAUACAUGCCUAACACUGCUUGUAUUUUGUGUGGGACGUUGUUGGUCAAAGAGGUUUUUCAAAUUUGUAUCAUCACACCGGCCUUCUUGGAACAUUGCCUCGGUUCUUUCUCUGGUCUUGGUCUUGCUAGGGAGUGGAAGUUCGUGGUAGCAUUAAGGGACACCAUCCCUUAAAACCAAUACUCCUGGUCCUGGAGUUUCUUUUUCUGAAAAAGCAACCAGCGAUGCUACAGGUGAGUUGCUUGUACCUGAAGAGGCUGUGUGUGAGAGGCAAAUGCACUUUGGUUCCUGUUCAGCUGUGGUAUCUUCAUAUGGGAUCGACUGAAUGUUGCCUGGGUUGAAAUGCCUGCAGGUUUGGAGCACCACUGCCUGCUCUCAUUGCUUUCCUGUUGCUGCCUGGCACAGGGUGAGCACAUGGAAGCAAAGACAGAAGUAGAAGUGACAUUAAUUCAUUUUUGGGGGUAGAUGUUGUUGGGCAUGCAGCAGAUAUUCUCAGUGGCAGUGUUGUGGUGUUACAUUUGUGGCUUUGGGUUGGAUUUGCAGGUGGAACAUGAGUCAGGAGGAAGAGCUCUUCAUAGAAGCGUACGAGGACUGCGCAGUAGUUGGGAUGUCAUUGUGCUUUUGUGACGUUGGAGGAUCAUUGUGCUGGGCUGUGAUGGGUCUGAGUUCCCGAAUGAGGGACUCGUCCGUCUUGUUUGGGGUCUUUGGAGACUCCUUCAUCAGAUGCCUCAACAGCUGUUUGUCUGACUUUUGUGUCAGAGGGCGGUGGGACCUGUUCCGACGUAGCAGAGCUGUUCUUUGCCAUCUGACUGCGUUGCUAUUGCAGGUCCUUGGGAGGAUUGGAGGAUGAAGAGUGUGGCCUUUAUCCUAAAGGGAGGGGAAUUUGCAGGUGUGUGGGCGAGAGAUAAGCAGAAAUGUUGUUCGUUGUUGCUCGUCAGGGAUAGGAGGUGGUAGGGAAGAGAAAUGAGAACUCUGGCCCAAGAACAUAUCUGUAGCUUGUGGCAGGGGCACUGUACAUACAUAUCUUUAACAUAUUUUGUUGAAGGAAAAAAUGAACAAAAGUUACACGGAUGGAAGCAGAAAAUACAGAAGGCAAUGUAAAGGUGAGGAAAGAAAGCAAAGAGAAGGGAAGAGAGAGAGGAAGAGGAAGGGGCAAAAAAUAACAGGGGUAACUAGGAAAGAAAAGACAGGAAAACAAAACAAGGAAAGAGAGACAACAGAAAGUCAAAAAAUAAAAUGCAAACGGAAGUAAGAAGAACAUUUAAAAGAAAGUAAGGAGCCUAUGCAGGUAAAAAUAAAGCCAGAACUAAAGAAAGGGAGAAAAGUACAGAAUAGAAAAUGAAAAACGACGAUACAGGAGAUGACCACAAGGCAACUACCUCUGCCGACAGAGUUGGAGUUGGUACCUAACAAGACUCCAUCAUGGCCAUAGCAUCGGGUUCCGGCGCUGAUGACUCCGGCUUUGAUGAUCAGUGCCGCGGCGACAGAGGCAACUGACGACGUCAGCAGUGCGGCUAAAGAAUAGUGGAGGAUGGAAAAAGAAGAAAAA